AUGAUGGAGCCAAAAGGCGCGUUCGAGAUGGGAAUCGAUGCUAUAGAUGCGAAGUGUGAAGUGCUAUGGCCAACGUGGACUUCGAAUAUGAAGAGAUUACGGAACUUCAAAAGUGCCGGACUUAUCAAAGUUGAACGAGAGUGUCAGAAACAUCUCAUCAAUUGCCCGCAGACUCCAGAUGAAGCAUACGCCUAUGAUGAUAACGAAGCCCGAACGAAAUGGAUGCCACUGUUUGGUGCUGGAGCUACCAGAAAUAUGAAAAUGGCGCAAAAAUGUUUCGAAACGCAUUGGCCAACCAUGGCACUCUCGAAACACAUCUUUGUCAAUUGCUCCGAUCCAAGUCCGGUGCUUCCAACCACACAAUGCUCGAUGAUAACCGCUUUUGAUAGAACAAAAAAGAUUUUAGUAAUGUCAUUCCGCGGGACCGACGGCGAUAUUCAGCUUUCCGAAGAAUUCGUCAACUAUUUCCAUGGGAAGCGGAAAUUCAUUGAUUCUGGCGAAAUUUUCGCAUUCUUCUAUGAUGCUUUUGUCUACAUUUGGAAAGGAGGAUUAGAGUCGGAAAUGAGGAAUUUGAAGUACUUGUACCCGGAUUAUGAGCUCUGGGUAACCGGGCACUCUCUUGGUGGCGCACUUGCCUCAAUCGGAGCUUCGUGGGUGGUGAAGACUGGACUAUUUGAACCGAAAAAAAUUAAACUGCUGACCGUUGGACAGCCAAGAACAGGAGAUUAUGAUUAUGCAUGGUGGCAUCAAAAAACGUUCCCGUUUUCAUACCGUGUCGUUCAUCAUCGUGACAUGGUCCCACACCUUCCGUUCCAAUAUGAAAUUGACCACGACAAGAUGUAUCAUCAUCGCACAGAGAUUUGGUAUAAUAAUAAUAUGACAAUUGGGUCGACAUAUCAUGUUUGUCAUGAAGCCGACGGCUUCUAUUGCAGUAAUCAACAAGGGGAUUACAGUUGGAAUGAUCACAUGCAUUAUUACAAUACUGAUUUGGGAGUUUAUGGUGACCAUGGAUGCCCUAAAGCAUGA